UUUGCGUUUUAGCUCUUUCAUUUACGUUUUAACCUAUGUUUUUGUCAUAACAGAAUAUUUUUCAUGCAAGUAUGAGCACCAAAACAACUUCGCGUGGUAGGAAAACGAAGCCACAGUCGAAAAUUGUCGAUAAUAAUAACGAAAACGAGAAACAGAACCCUAUAGUGAAUUCAGUAAAAACCGAGACCACUAAAACUAAAAACGCAACAAAAGAUAAUAAGUCGGAAACCACAGACCAUCGGGCAAAAGUUUGUAAUGGAGAAUCCUCACCAAAUACCAUUGAAACGCCAAGGAAGGUUCGAACCGAAUCGCCGCAAAUUAAAAUGAUCGCAUCAGAAACGGAUGUUGGGUUUUUAAAAAGUUCACCAUACAAGGCAAGCAAGAAGCAGGUAAAAGACGAAGAAAUGACCGAAAAAUCAGACUUUAAGAAACCAAAACCUGCGAAACGAGGAUCAACACAAGGAAAAAGAGGAAAAAGUACGAAAUCUGUAAAAGCAUCUCCUGUUAAAAGUCACGCGAUCACAGAAUGUUACCCAAUUCGACGAAGCUCGAGAAAAACCAAAUCAUUAAUUAAGAAAGAACUUGCAGAUGAAAUAAUAAACGCUGUUCAAUCAAAAUAUGAAGGGGAUUUAGAAAUUGUGGAGUUUAAAGAUAAAGGAAGGGGGGUCGUUGCAAAAAGGAGUUUCACAAGGGGUGAAUAUGUUGUUGAAUAUGCAGGUGAUCUUAUCUCAUGGCAUGAAGCAAAAUCACGUGAAAGUGAAUAUGCGUUAGACACAUCUGUGGGCUGUUACAUGUAUUACUUUAAUGCAAGGAAUACCAAUUACUGUAUUGACGCAACAGCAGAAUCCGAUCGACUUGGUCGUUUACUAAACCACAGUCGAAGGACCCCUAAUUGUCUCACACGACUUGUAUGGGUUCCUACACUUGAUAACCCGAACAAAGAACUUCCACAUUUGGUUAUAGUUGCCAAGCGUGAUAUAGAUCAAGGGGAAGAGCUAACAUAUGAUUACGGAGAUCGGGACAAGUCUGCGGUCGAAGUUCACCCCUGGUUAAAAUCAUAGAAAUAUUGCAAUCACUCGCGCACUGUCAUUUUACUUUGUAAAUUCAAAAUAUUGACACCAAGUUAUAAAUUGGAUAAAUCAUACUUUCUUACCUGCCACAGAACUGUAUUUGAAUGAUACCUAACUGUAUAUAACAUAUGUAAGCCUAACAUACGUAAGCUUUCAGUUAUACCUGUACUUUUACAAAUAAUGAACGGUAACUUUUUAUUCCCCACAUUAGAAUUAGCCAAAUUAAAUGAAGUCUGUUAUAUUCUUGUUAAACAUUUUAUUAUUUGUUGAGUUAUAUUUGUUAAUAAAUACCUGCCAUACAAUGA